AAAGCGAAGGCGUCGGUGUCGCCGUCCCGUGUCACUGCGCAGCUAGCCGCCGAGGGAUAUAUUACGCGGGCAAGCCACUGGGCGCGCACGCGAGCAAGAAAGCAAAGGACAGGCGAGGCUCCGGCGCGCGCGGAGCUGCUGCACCCAUCGAUCGCCGCGGCGCCGGCCUGGAAUGCCCGAGGACGCCGCGCCGAUGCGCAUGCUGCGCCGCGUCCUCGACGGCCUCCAGUGCCUGCACCCGCGCCGGCGCCGGCGGCACGGCGGCUCGGGGGCGGGGGCGGGGCCGUCCAAGACGCGCGUCACGGUCCGCCGGUUCGGCUCCAGCAAGGCCACGCCGUGUAGUGGCAGCAGCAACGGCGGCGGAGGGCGGGUGGUGACCAUCCGCGUGGCGACGUUCAACGCGGCCAUGUUCUCCAUGGCGCCCGCGGUGGCUGCUGAGACAGCAACGGGCGCGGGAGCGGGAAGGGAGCGCGGUGGUGGCGGCCAAGUGGGCAGCCCGGGAGGCGCGCGGCGGCCCAAGGGCAUCCUGAAGGCGCAGGCGAGCCUGGCGCGGUCUCCGAGCAAGGCGCGCGUGUCCAUCAACGUCCAGGACAACGAGAUCUCGCUGGAGCGGGGCAGGCUCUGGCUAGGCAAGAAGCAGCCGCAGGGGAGGCGGGAGGCAGGGGAGGCGCGGCGGCGGAGCGUGGAGGAGGUGCUGCGUGAGGCGGGCGCCGACAUCAUCGGGCUGCAGAACGUGCGGGCGGAGGAGGAGCGCGGGAUGCGACCGCUGUCGGAGCUCGCCGAGGGGCUGGGCAUGCGCUACGUCUUCGCCGAGAGCUGGGCGCCCGAGUACGGCAACGCCGUGCUCUCCCGCUGGCCCAUCAAGCGAUGGAAGGUGCACCGCGUCGCCGACCACUCCGACUUCAGGAACGUGCUGCGCGCCACGAUCGAGGUGCCGGAGGCGGGGGAGAUCAACUUCCACUGCACGCACCUCGACCACCUCGACGAGGGCUGGAGGAUGAAACAGGUGGACGCGAUCCUCCGGUCCAGCGACGGGCCACACAUCCUCGCCGGCGGCCUCAACGCGCUCGACGGCACCGACUACUCCGCCGAGCGCUGGGCCGACAUCGUCAAGUACUACGAGGAGAUCGGCAAGCCGACGCCGAAGGUGGAGGUGAUGAAGUACCUCAAGGGGAAGCAGUACGUUGACGCCAAGGACUUCGCAGGAGAAUGCGAAGCUGUGGUGGUUGUGGCCAAAGGGCAAGAUGUGCAGGGGACAUGCAAGUAUGGCACGAGGGUGGACUACAUACUGGCGUCACAAAACUCCCCAUACAACUUCGUGCCUGGAUCCUACACGGUCAUCUCUUCAAAAGGAACAUCCGAUCAUCACAUCGUUAGCGUCGACUUAAUGAUAUCUCAGAUCAAAGAAACCGACGCGGAAACCGGGAACCGGAAACAAAGAGUAGUCAGGAUGAACAAGAAGAUCUCAAGAAAAGGAAUAUGGGGGGCUAAAUGAUUUUUUUUUUGUCCGAGUUCUUUUGCAUUGUGUUCUUUUUGGGGUGAUAUGGGUUGUUUUAAUUGUGUAUACAGUUAUGGUUGUUGGAGUGAGACUGAAAAAGCCUGGUUGCAAUGGCUGCUGUCCCUGAUGUGAUGUAGAGUAACCAAGAAGUGGAGGCAACGUAUUUUGGUCUGGUUUCCCUUCUGUUGGUUACCAUCUUGCGGAAAUUUUUAGCUUCA